AGACGAAAGAGAUCAGAAAUCCCAGUCGAUCGCCCCAAGUGACACACACGCCUCCUGAAAUCGAGACCAAAACUCGGGGACCCCUACCCCAAGGUUCUCCGUUCGCACCGGUCACAUCGUGGAUUAGACGGUCCAGAUUGGAGAGGGAUUCGUGGUCGCCCUGGACCAUGGAGGCGUGUCCCAAGCUGCCCAUGUUGUCCUUUGACUACAAGAUCUCGCCCGACAAUGCCAAUUUCACGGCCAAACUCCGGGCUUUGAUCCAGGAACAUUAUCGCGAGGACCCCAAUAACUACACCCAUGAGAUCUCGGAAUUGGAACAACUUCGAGCCAAUGCCUGCAUUCGACCCAGUCUGGACAUUGGAGGGGUGUCCAACAUCCAGAAAUACUAUUGUCAGCUCCAUUUCUUGGCCAACCGUUUCAAAAUCACCGAAGGCCAGUUCGAGCUGCCAUGGUACGACAUCUAUUUGGGCGUGGUGUGCAAUUACACGGACAUUAACUAUGAAAAAGCGGCCAGUUUGUACAAUUACGGGGCCGUUCACUCCAUGUUGGGCUCACAAGACCUGCGUUCCACGUCUGAAGGCAUGAAAGUGGCUUGCACGCACUAUCAAUGUGCGGCUUGGGCCUUUCACACCUUGCCGGAUCGAUAUCCCACGCAAAUGGGCUCCGAUCUCUCCACGGACUUGUUGGCCUUCUUGGCUCAGGUUUGCUUGGCUCAAGCUCAAGAAUGCAUCUUGGAGAAGAGCAUCUUGGAUCAUCGCAAGCACUCCAUCAUCGCCAAAGUGUGCGCCCAAGUGGUCGAGUACUAUAAGGCCGCGUUACGCAAGAUUGAGAGCUCCAACAGUAAAAACGAGGACGAGCCCAUUUCCGAGUGUGUAGGCGAGAAGAAGAGCAAAUCCUGGACCAAAUAUGUCGAGUUUAAGAUGACGUUUUAUACCACUCUGUCGUAUUUGUUCAUGGGAUUCCAAUCGGAAGAGAGCCAGAAGAUGGGCGAGAGAGUGGCCUACUACAAAGCCGCCAGCGACACUCUCGAGAAGACGAGCAAGAUGAUCAAAGGCCUGGAUGGGUCGGACAAGAGUGUGAUAGUGAAUUGUCUGAACUUUACCUCAGACGUGGUCAAUGGCAAGUAUGAGAACAGCAAGAAGGAGAACGAGUUCGUGUAUCAUGAGAAAGUGCCGGAUUUGGAUUCGUUGCCUGAACUCAAAGGCGCCAGUCUGGUCAAAGGGUUGGGAUUUGAAGUGACCGAUCCGGAUAUCUCCGGUCCCGACAUCUUCAACCGUAUUGUUCCCAUGGAGGCCCACGAAUCGUCGUCGCUCUACAGUGAAGAGAAGGCCAAGCUGUUGAGGCAAAUUGGCGACGAGAUUGAGGAGAAGGACUCGGAAUUGGCCGUUUUUAUGUCCUCUCUCCAAUUGGAAGAGGUUCCCAACCCCGGUGAUGAUUUGGGCGUGCCUUCAGAGCUCAUUGAAUGUGUGGCCGCCUUUAGCGUGAAAAACAACCAACAAGAUUGUAUCCAACGGUUGACCGAGGCCAUGGGACGGAUCGCCAGCAUUAGCUCGGAUGUCGAGUCCUCCAUUCAUGAAAUCGAGGAUAUCUUGGGCAACGAGAAAGACGAGCAGACGGCCUACGAGGCCAUUGUGGGCACUCGACCGGCUCCGUUGAAUGCCGAGCUAACCACCGAGCUGAGCAAGUACAAGGAUGCCCACAAGAUGGCCUCCGAGUCGAAUCAGACCCUCCACAGCGCCAUUCAGACCCGGAUCAAGCAUUUGCAAUUGCUUCAAAAGCCCUUGGAGGAACUUCAGAAAGAGAUCCCAUCCAUGGCCGACAUUGACGAGGAAUCCGAAGCGAACAUUGCCGAGGUACGAAGAAUCCUGAGCAAAGUGGACGAGAUGAGAGGACAGAGGGCCCAGCUCUUAGAGAAAUUUCGCCAAGACGUCCACAGCGACGACAUCACGGGGAAAUUGAUCAUUUCCAAGCCCGAGCAGGCACUGGAAGUGUUUGAGAAGGAACUGAAGAAGUACGACCCACAGGUCAAAGUGAUACGUCAGAAUCUGUUGGCCCAGGAUAACAUCUUGAGAGCUCUGACCGAAAUCAACGCCAAUUACGCGUCCACCAGGAAAGUGGUGAGCACCAUCAAAGACGCUCGCAAAGACCUCAUCGACAGCCUUCUAGAUUCAUUCCGCGCCUAUGAAGACCUCCUAAUCAAGGCUGCCAAAGGCCUACAAUUUUACGACAAGCUCGACUCUAAUGUCCAGAAGCUCCUGAGUCGUGUCAAAGGCGUUGUCAGGGUUCAGCAAGAGGAGAGGGAUGCCCGACUCGCAGCAUCCACUCCAAACGUGUCUUCAUUCCACGCCAAUGAGCGAAUGCCUUCGGGAGGAGGGGUAGGAGGAUUCCCCGGGGGUAUGCACCAUCUCCAAAUGGGUCAAUAUGGCCCCAUGGGAGCCCAAGCGGGGUUCCCUCCGGCAUCCGCUCCGAGCGCCCCUUCCAUGAAUUCUGGACCGUCCAAUAGUGCAUCUGGCGGUGGCAAGCCGGGGACGUUAUUAGAAGCCAUGAAGGCCAAAGGCAUGGUCACCCCAGGAAUGCCACCUGCUGGAAUGGGGAAUCCCAGACCUGCCGGACCCGAAAGACUCACUUUGAAGCAAGUGAUGGAGCAACGCAAGGACCUUCAACGGAUUGGGGUCGAUCCCAGUCAGAUGCCCCCCCAGGCCUCUAGCCCGGUGCACCAUGUUAGGCCCUCGCCUUCUCCUUCGCCUUCACCCUCGCCCUCGCCUUCUUUAGGCGGUGCUCCCAAUCAAUUUUCAGGGCAAACUUGGUCGAGUAAUGGAUCCCAAUUAGCCGGGGAUUCAUCAUCCCCGGGGCUUCAAUCCUUACAUUCCAAUCAACCCCAACCAACACAGAGCCAUUCGUAUCCGUAUCCACAGUCAAGUCAAUCCAUGAAUGCGUUUGGCCUUUCAGUGGGAGGUUUGCCUCCCCAAAGACCCCAAACACCUAUGAGCUCGAGUUCAUUCAAUGGACAAAGCUAUUACCCUGGAACCGCGCCCCAAAGGCUACCAGCAAGCUCUGCGUCCUUUCAUGGCCAACCGUACUUGCCAGCAACAGGGUCGGGUUCACCAGGGUCGGCCAGACCGCCAUCAAACUCGAAUCCUUUGCACGGCCAACAGUACUACCCUGGAACAGGAGUAUCUCAAGUUCCUCAAAGACCUGCGAUGAGCUCGCCCUACAUGGAUCCGUCUAGUCCGAUGCCGAUGAAUACUUCUGUAGCUGGAACUCAUCCGGGGUAUACCGCAACUUCUGCACCUCAUCCUGGAAUGCAGUAUCCCUCUGUGAUUGGAGGUGGGGCCACACACAGCUCUUCUACGCCAAAUCUGCCCCCUCAUGUUGGACUGCAAUAUCAACCGAGACCCGCCAUGAACUCGGCUUAUGGCGUGGGACCACUAUAUCCGGCCCAGCCGCAAGUUUCAAGUCAAAUGGGAGCCCCAAGACCCCCCAUGGGCUCAGUGGGUUACAAUACCCAGGUUUAUACUCCGCCUGCGUCCACGUAUGCUGCUCCUCAUCCAGCUCACCCACCCGUUUUGAAUGGACCUUAUCACCCUCAGGGAUUCUCUCAGGCACCAACUAGUUUUGCCUCAAGUGGAUAUCCCACGUAUUCACAAUCCCCAAUGGCCUCUGGAGCACCGAGUGCUAGUAAUUAUGGAAUGGCCCCGACAACAGUGUCCCACAGUGCACCCUCAGGCCAUGCCCACCCAACACAAUAUGGUGGCUCGCCCAGUCUUUCUGGAACACCGUAUCACCAACCCAGACCGCCUCUGCUAGCGGGGACUCAACCGACCCAGUGGGCAGGAUCCGGUGGUCGUCAUCAUCAGCAGCCUAAUAAUGGAUUACCCAGUCAUUCAUAUGCCCCACAAGGCUCGAUGAUGCCUGGACCACACGUUACACAUUCAGCUCCUCCAGCGACAGUUUCUAUGCCUGGAUCACAGCAUCCUCCACCUCCAACGCAAAUGGCUUCGAUGUCCUCGAAUCAGGGCUAUGGGACAAUCGAGUUCCACAAUAAGGCCCCAAUGCCCAGUGUCAGUUCUACACCCGUGGGUGCCGAGCCUCCCUCCGGUUCAGGAAGUGGAAUGACCCGGGCGAAUCCGCCUAUUGUUGCGCCCGUGGUCCCCAUGCCCACCGGCUUUCAAGCGCCUGUUCCGGCAGCUCAGCCGCCUCCCCAGCCAAUGGAACCCCCGGAGAAUCAGAACCGACCUCAAAGCAGUGUGGAUAUCUUGAGUGAAUUGGACAAACCCCCGACAUCGAAUGCACCGGAUGUGCUCCAACCUAAAGUCAUGAGCGCUCAUGAUCUCGAAGAGCAGAAAGAAGAGGCUCAGGUCUCCGAGGAGAUUGCCCAAGCCAAGAAACUUGACCCCUAUGAAGACCGAGCGGUGCAGGACAAACUCCUGCAAGAGUACGAAGGCCUGAAGACAACCUUGGACAAUUGUGGACAAAGCAAGACCAUCUUGGACAAUCUCUGGCGACUGAUGACCAGCAAGAUCGAUCAGGAUCCCCAAUACGGUUCCGCGAUCGCUGUGGCCCGAUGUUAUCCCAUGAAGAACCGCUUUCAUGAUGUCCUCCCUUACGAUCAGACGAGAGUGGAGUUGCCCACCACCAAAGAUGACUACAUCAAUGCCAGUCAUAUCAAGGCCUUGAGCAAGCACGCACCCAAGUUCAUCGCCACCCAAGCUCCUGCAAAGAAUACGUUCAACGAUUUCUGGACCAUGGUUUGGCAAGAACAGGUGGAAACCAUGGUAUGCCUCCUCUCCGAGGCUGACCUCGCCGAAGCUUAUUGGCCCAAGAACCGCAAAGAGCCUUUAAAGGUGGGUCAGUUAGAGGUCACUCUUCAAAGUGUCAAAGUGGAUGGGGGCAAGAAAACCGAGCGGAUCUUCACGGUUUUGAACCAGUCUACAAACACGUCUCGCGUGGUGAUUCACACCAUGCUCUGUGACUAUGCCCUCGAGAGUGUGGUCCAAUUGGUCAUGGCCACGCUCGACUACCACGCCCAACAGCGAGUCCUCGCACACCCGAUACUGGUCCAUUGUCUAGGCGGCUCCGGCAAAACGGCCUUAUUCCUGAUUCUGGCCGCCGCCUUGGCCGAAAUCAAAGUGGGACUCGAGUGUCCCACCCUCAUUCCUGACUUGACCUUUAUCGCGGCCCAGAUAUCCAAGCAACGCAAAGGCGUGCUCAAGGACAAGGAACACCUUCGACAGGCCUACAUGGGAGUGGCUUGGUAUUGCAAAGACCUGCUCAUCAAGCACGGCCUUUUGCCCCCAGAACCCAAGAAGGAAGAGAAACGAGUUGCCCCGCCCAUGGCUCCCAUUAAACCGUCCGAAGAACUGGAAAGGAGCAUGUCCAAUUUAGAUAUGUCGGCCCCGCCCACUUCGGGAAUCUUCACCACAGAACUGAGGAAUCUGGCGGAUGUCACGGACGCUGGAUCCACGCCCACCAAAAAGAAGACGUCCAAGCAAGACUUUUUGAACCCAAGUAAAGCUGUCAAAGAGACGGAUCCGAGCGAUCCCUUGAGUCAGAUUGACGCGUUUUGGACCAUGAAAAAAUAGACAGAUUGUACAUAAAUACAUCAAGACUUCUGGCUGUCAUUUGUUACGUGUAUACGAAUGUUCAUGGCCAUCCAAAUGCAGUGUAUUUCAAGUUUGACAUGAUAACAGCAGAUUAUUCAUUGUUUUAUUCAUAUUAUUAUUAAUAUUAUCAAAAGCAAAUAUAUUUCGAAAGAGAGCGUCAGUCCUACAA